AUGGUAGAUCGGAGUCGACAUCUUGGAAUUCUGCCAUCAUUAAAUCCACUUAUUUUUCUUCUAGUGAUCUCGAUCAGUCAGGUUUUUGGAAAUGGAUGUGAUAGAUAUGUGAAAUGUAGAAAUGAGUUAUUGGAAGUCCAUUGGAAAUGUGCAGAACCAUCGAGAAGAUUCACACAACACGCGUGUAAAAUUAAUGAUUUAUAUGGAAAUCACAAAGCAACAUCUUACAACAUUGAGUCUCUGUUCAGUGAAUGCACUGCCAAAUACUCUGCGAUCAGUGAGAUUGACUUUCUUCUAAUGACAGACCCAACUUGUCAUUCUGAAAUUGAAAUGAGUUCGAGACCUCUCUCAUUUUCAUCUGCCACUUGUUGGAGUGAUUUGAUGAGAUUGACUCAAAAAUGUUUUGCAUUGAGUAGAUGUUGUCCAGCAGCACAGAGAUGUGGACUAGAAGUGGAAAGAGAUAUAAUAAAUGAGCAAUAUGAAUUAGAGAAAAGUCAGAUGAAAUCAAGAUUAGAAGAGUGUGCAAUUGAUAUGAGUUCAGUGUUGAGAUCUCCUAUAUCCAGAGAAGAUGCGAUGAUAGCUAGAAAAGUUAGUGAAGCAACAAAAGUGAUGUUGAGAUCAGUGGUUCCAUUCAGAGUUUAUCCAGAUCCUCAGAAGAGAAUGCAGCUUAUGGGCAAACAUGGAAAGAAGGCAAGAGAAUUCGCAGCUCCAUUAUCUGCAAGACCGAAACCAAUCAAGAGAUUGAAUAAAAGCCGUUACGGAAUAUCAAAACCAAAGUAUUCCACAACAAUUCGUGCUGGUAGAGCAGAGUUUCUUCACGCUCCAAUAGAUCCACCAACAACUUCUCUUCGUCCAUUUACCGUUCUUCAUCAAGGUGGUACUGCCAUUCAAACGACAUCACAACCGCCAGCUUUCUCUCCUUUUACUUUCCAGUCCAUUGAUUUUGAUGCCAGACGAAAUGGUAGAAAAUUACGGAAGAAUAAGAAGAGGAGGCUGCGGAAGAAGAAACAUGAUUUCGAAGAUGAGCCACCUUUCGCUCAAGCCUCGAAAAUAACAGAAUCUAGGUUUGAUCCACAACAUGCAGCGUUGAAACUAGAUAAACUGAAUGGAAAUUUGAAACAAAAAGGAGAAUACGGUAGAUCAAUUCUGCCAAAGAUGUUGAUAGUGAAACAGAACAAAGGAAGUUUCCUCGGAUAUGCUCAACCUGUGAUCAAACCAUUAUAUCAGUCAAAACAAGAGCAACUUGAGCCAAGUCAUGGAGUAGAUCAAAUCUAUGAUGAUAUUCUUGAAGCGCAAAUCAGUGAAAACGAGUUAACGAAUUCGAUCGACGAAGCAAUUGCUACCGAAGAACCGCACUUUAUGCCAAUUGAACAAGAUAAUACACCUGAUUUGAGAGAAGCAUUUAUCAAUAAUAAUGGAGCUUGGACAAUGGAACCAACUACAGAACAAACGACUGAACAGCCUCCUCCAUCGAGUACUAUUCCUCCACCAACUUUCCUUUCGACACCCCUCUCGACAUCUUCUGCUCGCCCACCUUCUUCAAGACUCACUUUUGCUCCAAUUCGUAGAAUUACAACGACAACAACUAUGGAACCAACUACAGUUGAAGAGACAACUACAACUAUUGAGACAACGACAACAACUGAAAUGCCUACAACAACAACAUCGAGAGAAGAAGAUGCUGUAAGCAGUAUACCUCCACCGACACCUUCUUUCUCGGUCGAUCCGCUAGUUGAUUAUGUAACACACGAACUUCUGAAUAAGCAUAUGGAGAAAACGAAAUCAGAUGAGGAUGAAUUCGAUUUCUCCAGUGCUGACUACAUUGAUAUUAGUGCAAUGGAUAUUGAGCCGAGUACUUCGACAACUCCAGUCUUCCCAAUACCUAUUGCUAGAUACGAGCAAGCUAACAGUUCAUCAUCAAUAUGGCCAAUGGAUGGUCCACAUAAUCCAGAUCGAUCACCUCCAACAGAUCACACAACUACUCCACAAUUGAGAACAACUGCAGCUCCAUUGAGCCCUGGAAUGCUCAGUGAACAACAAAAUGGAGAUUUGAUUCCACUCCCAACGGCAGCUUAUACGUUUGGCUCCAUUGAUGUAACCCCUUCUCCGUCGAUCAGCACGACACCAUUGGAAGAUCAACUCUGGCCUCUGCCAAUUAGAAAGAGACACCGAUUAAAAGCGAUGGGAGCAAAAAUGAUGGAAAAAACGAAACCAAUCGUAAUAUUACCAAUGAGUAAGAAAAGUGCUAAGAAGAUGGAAGAAUACAAGAGAACACUUCAAACUGGAUGCCAAAGAUAUGAUAAAUGCUUGCGUAAGGAAGUUGAAAUGCGAUUGAGAUGUGCACAACCGUAUCCAACUCCUUAUGAUAAGUGCUCGGCACAGUUGCUUCCACUUUAUAGACUUAUCGAUGAAGCUUCCAACAACAAAUUGCAGUUUUUCAUCAAAUGUGUCAGUGAUUCACAGGAACAGAACGCAAAAUGCUAUGCCCCUAAGAAAUUGUACGAGAAAGAGGUGACGUGUGAGAAUCUUGAAUCUUGGUCUUCAUACUGUCGGCAACUAGAACUUUGUUGUCCGGCAAAAGAUAGAUGUGAUUCAGAAGCAGAAGUUGAUCAUGUUGGCACUCGUCUUCGUCUCCUAGAAAAAUCAUUUUCCUUACGAGCAGCCGCGUGUCAAUUCAAACACGCAUUCCAUCGAACGCUGGCCAGGAGACUUUAA